AUAUGUCUGUUGUUUUGUUUACGUUGCACUAAUUCUUUAGGGCUAAUUUCGCAAUUUUAACUCCCUCAUGUUUUUGUAAAACUUAAUUUAAGCCUUUUAAACUAAGGGUAUGACAGAUUUACCCAGUCCAAAAUUUGAUUCGAUAUGUCGCCUGUGUUCCACGGGUGUUGUAUCUGGUUCUGGUUCACGUUCGAUUUUAGAUAACCCUGAAGGAUCGAACUUGAAAGUGGCUGACCAAAUAUGGGAGUGUCUUCAAAUUAAGGUAGAAAAAGAUGACAACCUGCCACAGCUCAUUUGCUCUACUUGUUUCAACGUUACGCAACAACUGUUUGCUUUUAAAGAAUUAUGUCAACAAACCCAGAUCAAACUAAGGAAAUGCCAUGAAGAGAAAAAUACACAAAAUAGUCCGGAAAAUGAAGAAAAUUCAAACAAAAUCAAAGAGGAGCCGUCAGAUGGCACAGGGGAGGACGGAGAGGAUCCUUCAGAGGCCAUGUCUACGGACAAUGACGAUUCAGAUCUUCACGAGAAUGGAAUUGAGGUUUUGCCCGAACUCGGAGAGCCGGCGCCUGAGGACUAUGUCCUGAUGAAGGAAGAGACAUUCAGUAUUGAUGCCAACAAAGUUAACAGCAACAAUCGAGGGAAGACUGGUGUCAUUGGAGAUCAUCUGGUAGAGUUCAACAACAACAGUGACUUGAGGGACAGAGAUGUGAUGGAAAUCCAACGUAUCCGUCAAGAGCUGCUGCCUCCCAUGUGGGAUGUAUAUGAGAAAUCUCCUCCGAAUGAAUCAGGUGAGCUUCAAGUGACGCAUCGCAGGUACAUUGUGAGUAAGGCUGCGUUCCCGUGUUCGCUUUGCGGCGCCUGUUUCAAAUUCGACCAAGGCUGUGAAAGAGGGGAAGCUCCGGACAGUGGUCCUUACGAUUGUGUCGUAUGCCAUAAAAUAUUUCCUAAACGGAGCGCUUGGAAGAAACACCAGGCUACCCAUGAAGAUAUCAAACCGUUUCUUUGCAGGGAUUGUGGCAAGGGUUUUAACAGGCAGGACCAGCUCUCUCGGCAUCUGAUAAGUCAUUCCACCGUCCGCCCGUACAACUGCGAAGGCUGCGGGAAAGCGUACGCUCGUAAAGAGCACUUGAACCGCCAUCAUUUCAGCAGCCCGACUUGCUUGGAUCCCAAUGUAGAUCCAGUUAGACCCUUCUCUUGCCCCUCGUGCGGUCAAGGUUUUGUGAGAAAAGAACACCUCGUCAGGCAUUCCAAGCGUGCUCACGACAUCGAAUUGAGUGACAACGAACCUAAACCGUUCAGUUGUCAGAUUUGUUCCAAGACAUUUACCAGAAGGGAACAUUUACGACGUCAUAAAUUAGUUCAUGCAAAAGAAGAAAAGACUGUUAAAACCGAACCGGAGGAUGACUCCUCCCCCCCUCCGAGUCCGGAGGAGAAAAAGGUCCAAAGUCCUGUCAAAUGUGAGAUUUGUCAGAAGUCUUUCUCGAGGAGGUCCCACGUAUUAAGACACAUGAAGCGAAUCCACAACACCACGAUCUCAGGAGAAGUCCAUCGAUGCAAUGUUUGUAACAAACAAUUUGGCAGGAAGUACCACCUGGAACGCCACAUGCUGUGCCACGCCAAGCUGGAGUACGAGUGUGUUACUUGUGGUGAGAAGUUUGAGCAAAGCGAGUUGUUGGAUAAGCACAUGACAACCGUCCAUGGCAAUGCAGCCGUUGACAACUUCUUGUGGAUUUAAUCCUAAAAGCUAUAAAUUAAGUUGUCUUUUAAUCUGGUGUUCAUGGAUAGCAUUUUAUCUUCACUGCAUGUUAAGUGUGCUGUCAAAUGUUAAAUGUAAUGUCAAGUCAAUACAGUUUUUUUGUAAGUUUUUAAAUCAUGUUAAAGGGAAUCCAUCCAAUGUUCUAUGAAAGAAUAUUCGUACGUGAUAUAAUUCAUUUUCCUCAAGAAGAACAUUACUCUCCAGAUUUUAGUAAACCAUUGUUGGUUUUCAUGUCAGAAAUUGCUGAUAAAUUAUUCAUCUGUGUACUUCCUAAAUGUAUUUUUUUACAUUUACACCCUGGAAGAGAGCAGUAUACAGUAUGUUCCUAUGUGGGAAUGAUGUUGAAGAGCAUUUUCAAUAAAAUAAUACACCCUUCUAAUUGGCCAAUGCAAAGACUAGUUGGAUGAGGAUU